AUGAAUGUCCGCCACCAUCUCCAUACUCAUUCGACGACGAUAAUUCACGGGGAUGAGAUCGCAAAUCAUAUCGAGAUCAUAGUCCGAUCAGUCGCAGACGCCACCAACAGCCGCAUAUUCGACCAAGACCAGUCACCAUGGGACGAUUUCUCGCCACUCUUCGAGGCUUUUAUCGGAGAUGUCAACGUAAAGCGGAGCAAUCUCACGCAUUUUAUCGCACAUCUGAGGAAAAUGUGCACGACACAUCCAGAGUUCUAUUUCCAAGUCACCAGCCUCAACGUCAACGUCAGCCCAAAGAAGCAGAUUGCCGAAGUCUUCCUCAAUAUGGACUUUGAGGGGAUGCCGCCUGGUAUCGUCAGACCAGCAGUAGCUACGAUCAGCUUUCGAUUAGUGGGUGAGAAAUGGCUGUGUACGAAGUGGACGAGUUUGAGGGGACUUGUUGAUGGGGUAGAGCCAGUUGCUGUAUGA